AUCAGUGCAAUAAAUGUUUGAAAUUUAUCUGGUAUAGUUUUUGUGAAGUGAAUUUAUCAUUAUUGCAAUGAUUCAUAGAUAAAAGCAUUUAAGAAUUUAAUAUCUAUGUUUGAUAAAUUGCGCGUGACAUAAAUCAUCAAUAUUCGAUUAGGAUAAACAAACAAAUCAACCGCUUUUGCAGCAAUAGUAAGCCUUCAAAACUAUUUAAGUAAUUAAAAGAAGAUGAAUGAAGACGAAAAGCCAAUUCCCGUACCACGCCCGAGGCAAUUAAAAUCCAGCGAUGAAACAGACGCAACGACGAAAGUUUACGAGAAUUAUUCAGUGAAAGUCGCAAGUGUCUACGAUGAUUUAAAUACUCAACUAAAUGAGUUGAAGACAGAACGACCAAUUCCUACGCCAAGGGCAAGAACAAAUGUUUCAAGACGUGAAAGAGAUUACGAGAAUUCACCAGAAACUGCUGCACCUCUGAAUAAUCAACUGCCAGUUGCAGAUGCAUCAUCGCCAUCCAGAACAACUGGCGCUAUUAGAAAAGCUCCCAACAUUCCAAGUGUCAAGAAUAACUUCGAUGAAGUUGAAGCGAAAGACUUUGAUGUUUUAUCGCAAACUUCAUCGACAAGUAGCAAGUCGUUUAAUGAUUCUAAAUAUACAACGCCAAGUCCUGGUCAAAUCAUAAAGUCCAUUGGAAGUUCAUCGAAGAUGCUUCGUGAAGCGAUUGGGGAGCGGUUGGGUGAAAAGACAAGCAGUGCAAAGCACAAGCUACUUAAAGAAUAUAAAAACACGAAAAACGUCAUGGGCUCGUGGACAAAUGAAACAAAAUCGACAACAAGUAAGAAGCUUAAGAAAGUUCGCAAUAAAAUUGACAGCUUUUCCUUAAAUCGAAACAAAGCGAAACGAAGUUUUUCAGUUGAAGAUGAUGAACGUCCACAAACAAUUUCAGCAGGAAGUGAACAAAUGUUUCAGUCAUUAACUUUCAACAGUCCAUUAAGCAAUCGAUCUUACAAUCUUGAGAACAUUCCCAAUGAAGUUUCGUCAAAUUAUGAGAUUCCAAAAUCAUUCAAUCGACAUUCCGGAAGUGAUUUACCUUCGUAUGAAGAUGUCGUUAAAGAAGAAAAGUUUUUGAAAAGAAACACGAAACUGACACAAAGUUUGACUACACCCAAACAAAAUAAGUUAAGUAAUCUCGAAAAUCUUCAAUCGGAUUCAUCCGAAGAAUCCGAAAGUGAACCGCCCAAUUGUCCUGCUCCAGAAUUGCCUGAACAAAUUUAUGGAAGGAUUAAAAAGGUGGCGUCAACUGAUUACGAGAAUGCACCAAUGAUUCCUUUAAGGAAACCUCCACCGCCACCAAAUAAGAAAGUUGAAAAGCCUUCCAAUGACACGUCAGAUUCAGCAACACUUUGUGGAUCAACAUCUGAAGAAAACAGUUUAAAUAACUUUGCACCAUCAAGGAAAUCUUUCAACAAUAUCAAUGAAAUUGCUGAUCGUAGUGAAUCGUGGCAGUUUGUUGACAAUCUUUCACUUGACACUGUCGAAUCUGUGGAAUCAAAUGAACCAAUUUAUGCUAAUGACGAGAAUGAAAGAGUUGGAAAUGAAUCGAUGUACAGUCGAAUGUUUGAAGCUAAGACGAAUUUGCUGACACCUUUGCAACCGACACCAGUUGAAAGUGGAGAUCAAAAGUCACAGUCAGUAACACGUGAAAUUCUUAAUGAAUUUGAUCCAUUAUCACGUGAAAGCUUUGAUAAUUUUAUAAUGAAGAAAAUGAAUCAUUUGACACUUUUGGAAACGUUGUUGAGUGAAGAAACUUAUGGGACAGUUGAAGAAGUGUUGGCUGUGCCUGAUCAAGAACAGAUUGAAGAAGAUUCGAGUGUUGAGUCAAUGAAUCGUGAUGAAAAUAACGAACCAGGACCAGCACCGAAGCCACCACAUCGUGAGAAGAAAAAUGUUGAACGACAACCUUCGGUUAUCAUUCAUCAAAAUCUUCAACUUAAAGAUAGUGUAGAAGAUCUUGCCGAACCGUAUCUUGCACAAGUGGAAGAAAACAAUUCGACAAGUGCAACCGCUGUUGUGGAUUUAAGUCGUCCAAAGCAUCCAAGAACAAAUUGGUUUGUUGAAGGUGAUGCCGAAAAAUUUACAAAGAAUAAUCUUGACAAGAACAAUCUUAACAACUUUUCAUCAUCAUCUGCCGAUAAAGUGACAAAAACAAUUCCACAGCUGCCACCUAAAGUCAACAACACAUCAAAUCGUGAACAAUAUUUGCCGACAUAUGAAGAGUCGAAGAACGAUGAGAUUGUAAACAUUGGAAUGGUUGAGAAAAUAUCUGAUGGAACAUCAAAGCUUCGAUCGUCAUUGUUCAAUUUCAAUUUGAAACGAAGAUCGAGUUUAAAGGAGAAUAAAAUUGACCCUAAAGAUUUUAUUCCCCGUCCGCCUUUUUCUGAUGAUUCUUCACAUGGUGGCAGUGACAAAAGCGUGAUUCUCUUUAAACUUCCAUCAGGUGUCAUUGAAGAUAUUCUAAAAGAACUUAAUCCGAGAUUUGUUGAAGUGAAGAAACGACAAUUUAAAGCAUUUUCUGACUCGGAAUUUAAAGUACUUAAAGAACAUUUAGAUUUAACUCAUUUGACGAGUAUUCAGUAUUUGAUUAAUCACAAAUUCGCUGAAUACAAAACAGAGUCAGGAAGACAAAUAUUUUGUUUUGAAAUUAAUUUAGCAAUUCCUAAGUCAACACCAAGUGCAAUUAAUCCUUUGUUUGAUAGCAAAGGAAGUCCAAUGAAGACGCAGAGACUCACAUAUGUCUAUGGAAUUCAUAGUAAAAAUGAAAAAUGUCUUUGGAUGCAUCGAAUACUUCGAAGUCUUACAAAUGUCUUUCCUAAAGAGUACACAGUUGAUUUCAUGCGAGCUGGUUGGUGUUAUAUGAAGAAAUCAAUAUCAUCUACAUGGUCUGGAACGUGGUUAAUAUUAUCAAGACGUAAACUAAUAUUUUACGACUUCACUGAAUCUCGUUUGGAAGUUUUAGACUUGAGAAAAGCUCGUUGCAUCGGAUUAAAGGAAAGCGAUGAAUCAACUCAAAAUCUUUUCGUUGAGAAAGGCCCAACGAUGCUUAUCGAUUGUCCGCCUUACACAUGUUAUUUUGUCAUGAAUACGUCGAGAGAGACGAAGAUUUGGAGUGUUGUGAUAAAGGAUGAAGCACACAACAAUGGAACACAAUUGCGUCAUCAUCAGCUAACGAAAAAUAAUGUUCCAGUUUUUGUUGAUAAAUGCGUCAACUUCAUCUACACAAAUGGAAUAAUGUCGGAAGGAAUUUACAGAAAAGCUGGGUCGAGUUCAAAUAUACAGAAGCUUAUAACAUCUCUGAAGAAAGAUGCUUUUAGUGUUCAAAUAACAAGAAGUGAAUACAACGAGCAUGACGUGUCAUCCGCUUUGAAACGUUUCUUUCGUGACAUGCCGGAACCACUCAUGGGGAAAUUUGCUGUCAGUUUCCUAAGUGUUUCUGAAAUGAAAUCCGAGACGGAUAAGAUUCUUGCAUAUCGUGAACUUCUAAAUCGUUUGCCAACUGUCGAAUAUCAAACAUUGAAGAAGCUUCUCGGUCAUUUACAUUUCAUUCAAGCCCAGAGAAGUGUAAAUAAGAUGAGAGCGGAAAAUCUUGCGAUGGUUUUCGGACCGACACUAAUGCAACCAAACAAUAACGAAAAUCAAUAUCAAAUUGACUCAAGAGAUGCUGAAGUUGUUGCAGAACUUAUUAUGAAUUAUAAGAAACUUUAUGAGCUGUCAGAUGAUGAAAUUAAAACCGAGCAAAUUAUGUUGGCAGUUUUACAAAAAUAUCAUUCAGCUGCUGAAAAUUUAUCUCACACUGUAAAGCAUUCUGGUGACUUUAAAAUUUGGGUAACAAUUGAUAAUCAUCCCGAGUUUAAUUUAAAACUUGAAGAUAAAAAGCAAGUAAAUGUCGCUGUGACACCGCAAAAAACUGUUUAUGAGGUUUGCAAAGAACUUGAGACGCAGAUGAAUCUUCCAGCACAUCAAAUGACAUUAAUGGAAGUUAUUCUAAAAGGCGAAUUACAGCGACCAUUACAUUAUAAUGAGAAAGUACUACACACUAUUUUACGUUGGGCUAAUUGGCCUGAGGAAGAUAGAAAAACAAAUUAUCUUGAACUUCGACCGAAAACUAAAUUUCAAGAACAAAUCGAGCGAGCUCUUAAAACGCUUCCAUCCUUGACACCAUGCAUGGAGUUGAAGUUUGCUGAUAAAAAAACCAAAACAAUGAAAACAUUUACUCUUGAACUUAACGAUACGAUAAUUAAUGUUCUGAAAACUGAGAAAGGAGCAAAUGUUAAAGUAAAAGACUUUGAUGCAUCGAAUUGUUUGACUUAUCUUGGUGCUGAGAAGAAACGCGACAGUCAAAUGCGAUGGGCGUUGACUCUCGUUGAGUUAAAUUUUGCAAAAAGAAACAGAGACUCACCAUUUAUUGGACAUAUUAUUGCCGGCAAUAACAUCAACGAUCAGAUCACAUGGUACACUUCAAUUCUCUAUAGUCUACAUGGAUAUGACAUCCAACCAAAUCCUGAAAUUGUGAUCACAUAAUCUUACGAGAGCUUCCUACAUCAAAAUGCCUUACCAAUAUAUAUUUUUUACACAUUUUUAUAACGAAAAUAUUUUUAUGUGAAUAAAACGGCUAGAAUAAAUUUAAAUCUAA